AUGCAACUGAAAAAUACUGUCUUUGCUCGCGACCCGCGAGAUCCUUUCUAUGUCGUGGCAGCUGCGAUGCCGUGGUUUAACAAUAUCAUCCGAAAAAUGUUCUUCGCCUUUUCCCUGUUCACCAACAUCGCCCCGCUGAAGCUGAUCUUGAAAAUGCACAGCUUGGUGUCGGAGCGAAAGAAGGAGAGGGCCGAAGAGGCCAAAAACCCGUCAAAAGUCACAAAAGACCACAUCGACUUUAUCGACCUAUUCCUCGACGCUGAAGCCACGGUGGAUUUAGCGGCGGAAUUGCACACAGAUCGAAAGGACGCGAACCUCAAGCAAAUGACGGAGCAAGAGGUGGCGAUGAAUUGCUUUCUGUUCUUGGCUGCCGGUUUUGAUACCACCUCAAAUUCGUUGUCCUACUGCAGCUGGUAUUUGGCGAAAAAUCCGGAGGUCCAACGAAACCUGCAAGAUGAAAUCGAACAAAUUUGCGGGACCGAGGACAUCACCUACGACAACCUGAACGAGCUCAAAUACCUUGACAUGGUCGUCAAAGAGGCACUCAGACUUCAUCCCCUCGGAGCUUCGGUUGUGUGCCGACGCGCCGGCCAUGAUCUGGAGGUGGCUGGAAUCAAAAUAGAGGAAGGUGAUGAAGUCCAGAUUGACGCUGACAGCAUCCAGAUGGACCCGGAAAUCUGGGGAUCGGAUGCGGCGGAGUUCAGGCCAGAGAGAUGGGAAGAGUUGAGUUCCAAGCAAAAAGAUGCCUUUCUCACUUUUGGAGCUGGGCCAAGGCAGUGCGUUGGAAUGCGGCUAGCCUAUAUGGAAGAAAAGCUGGCCCUGGCCAACGUCCUACGCGAAUUUACGCUUGUCGAAAGUACAAAUACGGAGAAAGUCCUCGAUCUCAACGGUUUCCUCACGAUCUCACCUGUUUCUGUAACGGUCAAAGUCGAGAAGCGAACGAAU